GCCCUUUAUAUAUAAUCACGCACCUCUCUCUAGGGAAUUCAAAAUUCUGGAUUCCAAACAAGCGUAUAUAAUCCAUCAAAUUCUUCAAAGUCAAACCCAAUGAAGGAUGAAUUGCAGUUUGAUUCAACCAUUGAACGAAACCCUAACGACUCCGAUCCCCUUCUCGAUAAUCAUCGUCGAACGAAUUCGUCUCAAUUAUCGGAUGAUAUAAUCGAGUUAAAGGACGAGGUCGACGUUGAAGCUGGUUCCUUUAUUUAUUGCAGAAUUUGCCUCGAAUGUGAUGGUGAUGACGAUGAUGAAUUGAUUUCUCCAUGUAUGUGCAAAGGCACCCAGCAGUUUGUUCAUCGCUCAUGCCUUGAUCAAUGGAGAUCUGUAAAGGAAGGUUUUGCUUUUUCGCAUUGCACUACAUGUAAAGCUCAAUUUCAUCUUAGAGUGAUAGAAUUUGAAGACAAUUCCUGGCGUAAAUUUAAGUUCAGAUUUUUUGUUACAAGGGACAUUUUUCUUGUCUUUCUGGCUGUGCAAAUGGCAAUUGCUGCAAUGGGUGGAUUUGUAUAUCUUCUGGAUAAAGAUGGGACCUUCAGAAAUUCAUUUGAUGAUAGUUGGGACAGAAUACUGUCAAGUCAUCCCAUCCCAUUUUACUACUGUAUGGGAUUUUUGCUAUUUUUCACCCUUCUCGGUUUGAUUGGAGUUAUAAUACACUGUUCUACCCUUAGUUUUGAUGGACAAAUGGGUGGCUUCCAAAACAACUACUAUGGAUGGGCUAUCUACGAUUGCUCUGCAGUUUCUGCGGAAGCUUGUGUUGGUAUGGUUAUCAUUUGUGGCGUCAUCUUUGCUCUUUUAGGAAUUGCUUACAGUUUCUUUGUAGCAACUAUGGCCAUUCAAAGAAUUUGGCAAAGACACUUCCACAUUCUUGCAAAGAAAGAACUCACUAAGGAAUAUGUUGUAGAGGAUUUACAUGGGUGUUACACUCCUCCAAAGCUAGACGAGGUUCAUGAAGAGCUGUUGAAGAAGUUGCAGCUUUUGUAGCAAACAAAA